UUCAUUUAAAAUUUGGUUUAUGUUAGUGCCUAGUGGGGUGUUUGAUCCAUGUUAUUAAUUAUAAGAGUGUCCUAAUCCAAAUGAGAUGACAAAUGAACUAAGGAUACAUAUGGGGUGGUUUGGCUUUGAAUAGGAAUUAGAUAAGCUUCUGUUGUGAGUACAGGUUUUGAUUUUUCAAAGAUCAGGACCACCAUCAUAUACUUAUGAUGUCUAUAUAAAAACAUAGAGCUUGGCUUCAGAGUUUCAGAAAGAGCCCUGGACCAUUUACUAUGAUUUUGAGGCACAAAAUUGCAUAUUGCUAUUGCCUUGCUGGCUUGUUUGGUACAUCGUACGUCGGGAUACAAAGUGUGUAUGUGCACAUACAUAUAUAUAAAAGAAGUUGCUAGUGGAUUUGAGAGAGUGAGGUAGUGGUCUUAGAGUUUGAGAAGAGAUGGGUGGUGUUGCAUGGACAGAAGAAGAAGAUCACUUGCUCAAGAAAUGCAUACAACAAUAUGGAGAAGGAAAGUGGCAUCGUGUUCCUUUACUGGCUGGUUUAAACAGGUGCCGAAAGAGUUGUAGGCUAAGAUGGCUGAACUAUCUUCGUCCUAACAUCAAGAGAGGAAAUUUUGCGGAGGAAGAAGUGGAGAUGAUAAUCAAACUCCACAAAUUAUUAGGCAACAGGUGGUCAUUGAUUGCAGGAAGGCUACCAGGAAGGACUGCCAAUGAUGUGAAAAACUAUUGGAACUGUCAUCUGAGUAAAAAACUAAAUGUUCUCGAAGCUGAAGAUACACAAUUAGCCAGAGAUGCCCAAGUCAUUAGGCCACAACCUAGAAACAUUGGUUCAGGCUCAGGGAAAAGAAGGGACCAGGGACAGUCUCCAUCCGAGAAAGGAGUUCAACAAGAGAGUAGCAUGUCCUCACUAACAUUUGAUCUAGAAGGGCAUAACCACAUGCUUCAAUCACAACAAGAUAACAUAUAUGCAUGCUUGGACCAACAGGGCAGCAUUAUUAGUGAGUUGUCAAUGGAUUUUCAGUUAGAAGGAUUUGAAGCAAUGAUGAAUGGGGAGGGUAGUAGCAGCCAAUGGGAUUGGGGUGAUUUGCUCUUGGACAUGGAUUUGUAUAAGUGAGGUUUCUCCUUAGAUUGCUAUGGAGAAGGCAAUGUUGGUCUCAUACUUUGUGUAUCAAUAUCAAAGUUAGGGGUUGCUUCCACAAACUUUUUCAUAAAGCA